AUGAGUCUCCCCCCGGGGAAAGCCAACCCGAAGGGCAAAGAAACCGCAUCCAGCGCGUACCCAAGGAUGAACAAAGAAUGCCUAAACAUCCGCAGAAGCAAAAAUGGAAGCAGAAAAAUUCUAACAUGGAAUAAAUUGAAUGGACCACCAAACAGCGCAAAGACAAAUUAUAAGAAAAUGGAGGAAGGAAAUACCACUCACACAAAUGGAGGGACAGAACAAAGUAGAGGUUACUGGAAUGAGGAGAAAAAUGUUUGCCUUCCCAAACGAACGGGAGCUGCAUCUGUAUUGUAUAAAAACCACGUGUACAUAUUUGGGGGAUACAAAUCUGAAAGGAGACUAAACGAUUUUUAUAAGUACAAUAUUGCAGAAAAUGAAUGGAUAAAAAUAGAAUCCAUUAAUGGACCAUCGAAGAGGGAAAAUAAUCCUGCCUUUUUAUUUAAAGAUAAAAUGUAUAUACUUGGAGGAUAUCAAGGAAAUGAAAUUUGGUUGAAUGAUUUUUAUGUCUAUGACUUGAGGAGAGAAAACUGGCAAGUUGUUAAUGUGAAGAAGGAGAGCAUGAGGUAUGCACCCCCAUCGUUAUUUGGAUUCGCCCUAUCUGUGGAUGAACUGAAAGGAAUACUCUACCUAUUCGGAGGGUACGAUGGCAGAUCGGUACAUAACAAAAUGUAUGCAUUCGAUUUGCAGGAAGAAAAAUGGAUUCAGGUAAAGCAAAGUGGACAGAUACCAAGUCCAAGAUCCUGUGCAAUUGGACAUAUCUCCGAUGGGUAUUUCUACAUUUUUGGCGGAUACAAUGGAGAGUAUGGAUUAAAUAUUUUUUAUCAGUAUCAUUUGGAGACAGGCAUUUGGACGGAGAUGAAAUAUAACAUGACUCGGGGGGAGGAAGAAGCGGAAGACGGAGAGGGGGAAGAAGCGGAAGACGGAGAGGGGGAAGGAGAAGAAACAGAUCGGAUCCACCUGCCGGGAGAGUCCCGCGUAGGGCGAACAAACCAAACGCAAGUACCUCCCCACGAUCGAGCAAUCCCCGUGGCUAGGUACUUCAUGGGGUCAUUCAUACAUAAUAAAUGUAUAUACAUUUUGGGAGGCUAUAAUGGCCUAAGGUGUGAAAGGCUUAAUGACUUGUACAAAUUUGACCUGCACAAAAGAAUAUGGUUUAAAAUACACACAUGUAAUAAUUUCACCAACAGAAGCAGCAUGAAUACUCAUUUUUAUAAAAACGUCAUUUACUGCAUUGCUGGAUUUGAUGGGAAAAACUCCCUCAGUGAUGUAUACGCUUUGAAGUUGGAGGAAGUCCACAUCGAACCAUCUUCCCUCAUCGAAUAUUAUAGAAUUAUGGUUAAUAAUUACCGAUAUGCAGAUGUUAUUUUUGUAGUACAGAAUAAGUGUCCAAGUUUUAAGACUCUCUUCGAUAUGUGGACAUCCACCGGGACAUCAUCAAGCGAAAUGACCCACGGAGAAGGGGAACCCUACUGUGGAGAGAAGAACUUGGCACCAAUGAGUGAUGGUACAGCAAAAGGGGAGAAAAUAAAAAAUCUCAGAGUCAUCCCAAUUCAUGAUAUGGAUCAUGAUAUCUUCCUAAUAAUAGUAAAUUAUCUCUACACGGAUGAAUUGUCUAUGUUUUACUCCCUUGACACGUAUGUGCUCAUCGUCUUGGCUGCCUACAGGUAUAGCAUUUUCAGACUAAUGCAGUUGUGUGAGCGUGCAAUUAGCCACCAUAUAAACGAGUCGAACGUCAUGGACAUCCUCAUUUUGAGCUACAGAAUUUGUUGUAAGCAGCUAUGCACAGCUUGCAUCGAUUUUAUAAUUAACAAUAAAUUGCUGGACGAGGCGAAGAUUAACCGACUCACGUUGGAGCCCUACUUACUGGGCGAGAUUUACAAAAAGUGGAUCUUCAACUGA